AUGACAUCUCUAUCAUAUCAAUAUCUAAUAUCUUUGAGUAGUAUUUCGAACAUUAUACGUGAAACAUAUAUAGCUAUACGGAAACGUUUAUUUUCUCUCGUACUUCCAAAAUGUGAUGAAGAAGACUGGAAAGAAAUUUCAAACGAUUUUGCAGAAAAGUGGAACUUUUCUCACUGCGUUGAUGCGAUUGAUGGCAAAUAUGUUGUCAUUCAAUGUCCUAACAAUGCUGGAUCAGAAUAUUAUAAUUAUGAAGGGAGUCACAGCAUUAUUUUACUUGCAGUGUGUGAUGCUAACUACGCUAUGUUAAUAUUGAUACUCCUGGAAGGCAAGGUGAUGUAAAUAUUUUGAAAAAUAGUAUCAUAGGACAAUUAUUAGAGAGAAAAAAAUUUAAUCUCCCACCACCUGAACCAUUAUAUGAAGAUGGUUUAAUUCUGCCCUAUAUAUUGAUAGAAGACGAGGCAUCCCCGUUAACUGAGUAUAUGAUGCGAUCAUAUCCAGGCAAAAAUGUAUAAUGACAUUAGAGAAACACAUUUAUAAUUAUCAUUUAUCUCGAGCUCGAAGAAUAGUAGAAAAUUUGUUCAGCAUUUUAGCUAGCCAAUGGCGACUUCAAAGAACAAUUUUAGCAAACAUUUCAAAUAUUAUCAAAAUGAUUCAAGCAAUCUGUCUUCAUAAUUAAUUAAGAAAACACGACGUUGCACGAGAAUCUUACGUUACACAAGAACUUAUAGAUCGGCCUACAGCAAAAGGAGACAUUGAAGAAGGUUCUUGGAGAAAAACUGUUAAAGAAUGUUCAUUUAUGAACGUUAAGUCUAUUCCAGCAAAAGCGUAUUCCUUGCGUGCAGCUAAUAUUCGAGAUAAAUUUUGUAGAUAUUUUAAUGAAGAAGGAGAAAUCAG